AUAUAUUAAGACAGCUGUAAUGUGAUUUCAUAAUGGCCUUUUUUUAAACGAUCAUCCUACGCAAAGCAAUGAUUUUAAAACGUUUUUGCGAUUGUAUUCCUACGCCGUCAUAUAAUUGUAUCAUUGCGCCUAAAGAAUAUACAUUUUGCUGUUAUGUGAUGCAUCGUUAAUGGCGCCUUUAUACAUAGACCAUUCGAAGAAAAAGACUUGAUUUAUAUGUAGUGUUUGGAUAAAUUGUGAAUAUAAAGAAAUUUUCGAAAUCUGUCAUUCAAAAUAUCUUCGAAGAUGUUUAUUUUAAUGUAUAUAUAUAUUUAUUUAUCUGUCUUAGUCAAUUUUAUUUAUUGUUCAAGUUUAACGGCACCACCCUUGUCAGUGUUGAUUGUUGGAUUUGAAGAUGCUUAUGAUCUUUCUUUGCUUGCAAACACACUCUCGGAUCAAGGAAUCGACGUGACAUUGAUCGUACCCGAACAAAUUGCUAAUGAUCUGUAUGAGAAUCUUAUCGAUGUCGAAGUUUAUCAAUUAAAGUCAUCUCUCGAGAAGCUUGUUUAUCCAGAAGAUAAUGCCUUGAAAUUUUGUGAGAGUUUGCUCAAGGAUCAGGAAUUAUCACGAAAAGUACAGGAAUUACAAGCAACGAUUACAUUGGUUCCUGCUUUGAGACAUGAUGGAUGCUUGUUACCAUGGAUUAAGUCCAUUGAGUCGAUACCUGUAAUAUUAACCAGAAACGCCUAUGAAGAAAUUUAUGCUUUUGAGCGUACUGGUGUUGCUUUGCCAAUUUUAAAGGGUGCUUUCUGGUCUAGAUUGUCUACCAAUCUAGCAUGGAGAUCUAUAUCUUCUAAUGUUGACAACAAUUAUGUAACACUAGCUUUUCAUUUAAUUAAGAAACAUUUACCAAAUUUACAAAUCAGUCAAAAUAAUCUUUAUUCUGAUGUACGUUUAGUAUUGUGGUCUACAGAUAAUAUUUUGCGAAUGGAUUUUGCUUCUUUAACGCAAAUGUUAGUCGAGAUUGGUUGUCAUCACUGUAGAGGACCACAACCUCUACUAGAAGAGCUGCAGAAGUUACUUAUUGAACACAGACUCGGUUCUAUUGUUAUUCUUUUGGAUGGACAUUAUAAAUCAUUGGUAAAAGAGAUAGCGCAGAAUUUGCCACAAGGUAGACAAGGUCAUGCAGUUGUAUGGAAAGUUCAAGAGUCUAUCAAUAAUAGCGAGGAAAAACUUCCAGUAAAUCUUUAUCUUUGGAAAAACGUAGAUAGACAAGAUCUCAUAGGUAAUGGUCGAACACGUGUUGUUUUGAGUCAUUGUGCAGAUAUCGAACUUUUGGAAAUUGCUUUCCAUGGUUCUCCGGUAAUAUGUUUUCCAAGAAAUGCACAGGAAUCUAAAAAUAGCGUACGUGCAGUCGAAUUAGGUUUCGCACACUUGAUUGACAGCAAUAAUGAUAGAACAUCUAUCAUUACUGAAGAUAUUAUUAGUCUUAUUAAUACCAUUUAUUCGUCAACGGAUUAUCGUGAAAAUGCUAGAAGAAUUUCCGUAGCGAUACGUGAUAGAUUAAAUCCAGCAUCGGAUAGAUUGAUUUACUGGCUUCGUUACAUUGCCAGAACAAAAGGUGAAAGCAAUAAGUUCCUCGUUGCACCUAAGGGCGUAAGUACCUUUUACGAGGAUUUUCAAUUCUUCCUUGGUCUUUGCACGGGAGCCAUCAUUGGUGUUUUAUUGGCUGUAGUUAGUUUUUUAUUGCGAUACAUUAUAAUAUCGGAGAAAAUGCGCAAAUCAAAGGGAAGAUAUGAACGAUAAAGUAUCUUUUAAGCAUUGAAAGUAUAUGCCUUGUGUAAAUCGAUUGCAAGACACAUAAUAGACGCUUUGUCGCAUAUGUAUUUAUAUAAAUGCACAUGGAUUACAGGUACAUACAUAUACAAAUGUUACGAACUAUGGUAUAUCUCAUUUCUAACAGAGAGAAGCCUAACUAUUUACGAGAAAUUGUUUAAUUAGUGAUUUUAGAAAAGCUAAGAAUAUAAUGCAAUAUAUUAUCAUAAGGAAAAAUAAAUGAUACAAAUUUCUCAAUACUCUGCGAUCUGUGUGAUAACAGUGUGCACAGUAACGAGUUUCUCGUUUGUCUACGCCUUUUAUGAUAGUCUUAUAAACAUACGGACGAAUAGGGGUAUCUAGUAUAAACGUAUCAUUAAAAUCGCAGUCCUAAUUAAAAUUAACAAUUAGGUUGUUUCUGUUUGUUUUUUCUUAUUUUUAUUUUUUUUUAUUUCUAUUUUUAUUUUUAUUUUUUCACUUUUUUUUUUAUAAAAGGGAAGAUGAUUUGACGUUGUUAAUGUUUACUGAUGCAUAUGGAUUGACGUUUUCAUUCAAUUUCUUUUUUUUUUCAAUUUUAGUUUCUAGCGUCAACAGAUAAAAUACAUUAUAGUAGUUACAAAUGUAAGUAAUGUGAAAUUUCUUAAGCUUAAUAGACUUUCUUUUGCUCGUGGUUAAAUCGUUAAGUAUAUUUUUUUCAAUCGCACAAAAUUGUCUUACCGAUUGCUUCCUAUACUUUUUAUCAGAUAUGAAUAUUAGUUAUCACUUGUUAUUUAACAGUACUUCAUAUCACACUCGAAGAAUGCGCGCGUGCGUACGCUUAGAGACACAAUUUUAACCAAAGGUUUAUCGUUCUUUCUUUGGUUAUAUGAUCUUUUAAUUGGCUACUGUGAAAUAAAAAGUAUACAAAACAAUAUUAUAUUGAAUGAAAAUCAAUAAUACAAUUCAUAUUUUUACUUAAACAAGGAUCGAUCUUUUGCGCUUUCUGUUUUCUUUCAAAUCAAUCGAACAAAUUUUCUUUAUAUAAAAGUUGAAUCAAUAUUUUUAAAUGAACCUGUAAAAUGAGAUCGAGGAUAUACAGAUAGAAAGAUGUUCUCGAUUCGGACUAAAUAAUAAUAACAUAAUCGAACUAAGGUAUCCAUUACAAAAGUGUCAAUUUUAUUUUGUUUUAUAUUUAAUGAUGUAUAUUAAUCACUUGAAAUUAUAUGCACGAUAAAAGUUUCAAAUCACUCGGAGUAUUGACCAAAAACAAUUAGAAUUUAUUAGAAAUAAAAGUUUUAUAUAAAUAAUUAGAUUUUCAAUUAACAUUAAGAGUUAAUCAUAUUAAAUAUUAUAAAAGAAUUGUUAAGAAGUAAUUAAUAAUUGUUACAUAAAUUACUUGUCUACGUUGUAAUUAUUAUCCAAUGAAAGUGGAACACGGAAACGUUCGUAAUUUAAAAUAUUCAAAUAUUGCUAGAUUAGGCAUAUUUAUUACUGCUUAAACUAAUCAACAAAUCUUGGAGAAUUCUAGUAUCGUUUUGUUUGACAUAAGAAUAUUUAGCGCGGAUAAAUACAUUAUACAUUUAGGCCGUUUAUUUUGAAAGUGGUCCACUUUCUCUUGUUUCGAGAAAAUUAAAGAUUAGCAUAUCAAUGAUUACUCAAUUUCUUUUACCGACCAAUUUUAAAUUGGUUACAACAUGGUACAAAACAUGGGCCCUUUUUAAGAAAUUAAAUAUUAACUAGUUAUCCACAUAAAAAGUUUACACUAAAUUAAGUAUAAAUUACGUGAUAUCUCAUUUUUUUAGAAAAUGGACUUACACCACUUUCAAAAGAAACAGUCUAUUUCUUGGUGAAACAUGUCAGUUAAAAUGCCAAUAACAAUUCUCGAAUUGUUCUCUAAUUUAAUUAGAUUAACUGAUAAAUUACUACACACAAUACUUGUUAAAUGUUUCCUAGAUAGAAAAUAGUUUAGAACCUAUUUCCAGAUUGUAUUAUUUCUAGAUUUUUUGAUGUUGCAUUUCCUGUGUAUUUAAUUACCAUGUAUUAUAAUUCACCAAGAUUUGUAGAUUUAUUUAAGCUAUAAUAAGUAUUUUUCUUGUGUCCAAUAAUUUCAGAUAUAAUUUAAAAUUUAGAAUGGUGUUCCAUGGUCCAUCAUCUUUUACUUUAAAAAAUACAAUUUUCAAAAAUUUCUGAUUUCCAAAUAAUUAUUGAGUUGAUUUGAAACUCUACGAUGAUUGAAUUACUUGGUAAUUUGUAAGUUAAACUAUAUUGUAUGUUCAUCACUACUUAUAUAUUUUCUUUUGCUGUGAUGCAUGAGUAAGUGUUUUUUGUUCGUAGAACAUGUCCAUUUCGUGUUUGGACAGGAUUCGGAAAUGCGGUAAUUAUAUUUACGUAUAUACAGUUACACGGAUCUCUGGACGUAAAAGCUAAAUACAAUAAGAUAGUAUUUACAGUAAGAAUAAGAUAAGUAAGAUAGUAUUACAUUCAUUGGUAGAUUUCUCUUCUUGUUACAAAUGUUUCGAGUGUUUCGAAAAGAGAAUAAACGAUGACAACAUAAUAGA